AUGGAUCGUCAAUCAACAACAUUUAUAUUAAUGAAAAUAAUUCGAGAUUUAAAUUUCAAUACAAAUAUUGAGGCUCGUGAACAACUACUACGUUUUGUUCAAGAUCGUUUUCAACGUUCAAAUACCGCUAUUGAACGUUGUAUAAAUUCUUCUACAACAGAUUUAGGAGAAUUAAUAACAAAUUUUUCUGAUAUUUAUAAUUGUAUACAACAGUCAAAAAAUCGUAUAGAAAAUGUUCGUAAAUCUUUACGUGAAUGUAAAAAUUUAUUAUUAUUAAAACGACAAGAUAUUCGUAAAUUAUGGUUAUUAACAUUAGAACAAAAUACAUUAGAUCGAAUGUAUUUAAAUGUAUAUGAAUUAAAACAUGUUCCAUCACGUUUACAAUUUUAUUUAAAUAAACGUUUAUAUAUUCAUGCAUCAUUACUUUUAUUAAAAGCAAAAGAAUAUCAAGAAUUACGUUUAAUUAAUGCAUUAUCUAAUAUUGAUUUACAAAUAAAAGAUGAACGUUUAACAUUAGAAGAUCAAUUACGUUUUGAAUUAAUUUAUCAAUUAUUUGAUAAACCAUCUCGUGAUGUACUUGGAAAUAAAAAUUUAUCAACAACAAUAAAUAAACAUGAUCAAAGUUCUGUAUCACGUUUAAGAGAAAAUCGUUUAUUAAGAAAACAACUUGAUCAAGAAUUUGAAGAAGGAAAAUUAUCAUUUGAAUCUCAUUCAUUAGCCAUCAUACCAGAUCAAUAUAUGUUAGUCGAUAUACGUAAUCAACCAUCAAAUAUAUAUUUAGAUGUUUUAUUACAAUCCUUAUCAGUUUUAUCAAAUUUAAAUGAAACACUUGAUUUCGUACAAAAACAAUUUCCUGAACAAUUAUAUCGUAUUAUUUUACGUACAACACAACAUAUUAUUGAUAAUAAUUUAAUUGUAUCAAAUAAUUUAAAUCAAAAUUUAAUUCUUAAUAAUGCUGAUUGUUUAAGAGAUUUAUUAGAAACAACUUAUGAACAAUUUAAAGUUGUUGUCAAAAAUACGGAAUAUUUAAUAAAUAUAUUAAAAUUAUUACAAGAACAUCAAGCACCUAUGCAAAUUCAACAACAAGUAUAUCUUGCAAGUCUAAAACAAACCGAUCAAAAAUUAGAAGAACAUAAAUCAAUUCCAAGUGAAAUAAAAUUUGAAAUUCCUUAUAUAUUUUCUAUUGAAUUUGUUUGGGAAACUAUUCAACAAGUACUUAGUGAUGUUUUAAGUGAAUAUAUUGAUUUUGAUAAUGUACUUGAACCAUUAUCAUCUGAUUCUUCAUCAACAUUACAUUCAACUGAUUAUACUGAUCGUCCAUCAUUAAUUGAUUUUUCACAUUAUUUAACAAAAAAAGCUCCAGCACGUUCACAGCAUAUUCCACGACUUUUUGAAUUUUCUCAAUCUGCUCAAUUUAAUUCCAUGACAUUAUAUUUACAAGAACAAAAUUGUUUUGCUAUGAAACAAGAAACAUCAACAACAAAACAACGUACUACUACAUAUAAACAAUAUGUAUGUAAACCAAAUUAUCGAAAUAUUACAGCUGUACAUGAUAUUCUUCAAAGAAUUAUUGAAGAUAUUGAUACGAAUUAUACAUUACAUCCAACUAAACGUAUUCUUGACAGAAAAUUAACUACAUUUAUUCGUGAUCGUUUUAUUGGUCGUGUUAUAAAAGAUAUUCGUGAAUCUGCUCAAUUAUCAUCAUCAUCAUCAAUAACUGAUCGUAAUCGUCUAAUUGAAUUAAUUCCAUCUGUAUUACAAAAACAACUUGAAUUAUCAAUACCAAUUCUUCAAUCAACAUAUUUAAUCUUUAAAUCUUGUGAAGAAUUAUGUGCAUUAGUUAAAUUUCUUCCAACAUAUGCAGAUGAUUUUUGUCAAGCAAUUGUUGAUCUUUUAUUUAAAAAUCGUGAAUCAUGUUAUAAAUUAUUUUUAUCAAUUGUUGAAAAAAAUGAUGCACUUGGAGUAUCAAUUUAUUCAAAUGAAUGGGUUAAAGAUCCAGAUAUAAAUCGUCAUUUACGUACAAUGCCUGCAUUUGAUGCAUUUAUACGUAUGACAAAACAAGAACAUCCAAUAAAUAAUGAUAAUCAAGAUGAUACUGUUGAAAAUAUACGUUUUAGACAAACAAAAGAAACGGAAACAUUAUUAAUUAAUUUUAGUCAAAAUGAGAUGAAUAUUGAUGAUAUUUGUACAAAUUAUAAACAUAUUAAUGCAUUAGCAACUAUACAUGAAAGUUUAGAUUGGUUAUAUUGUAAAUUAAUAAAUUAUUUUGAUAUAUUAGAUAAAUGUUUACAUGAUACAAAAUGUCUUGAUGCAUUAACACCAACAACAGGUAGAAAUUCAAAUAAGUUUUUAUUAACUCUUUGA